CAAAUGGCGCAAGAAAUUAUCAAUCCAGAGUUAUAUUUAGAAAGGGAGCUCCUAGCCCCGUACACACACCUGCUGCAGAUCAAGGGUAAGCAGAUUCGAGUGAAGAUCGCGGUAGCCUUCAACCACUGGCUGCGAGUGCCAGACGAGAAACUCCAGUACAUCGUUAAUGCUGUCAACACCCUGCACAACGCGAGUUUGUUAAUGGACGAUAUUCAAGACAACUCUACUGUUCGGCGCGGUGUACCAGCGGCCCACUGCGUCUUUGGAUUACCGUUGACACUGAAUACUGGCAUACACGUCUUUUUUCUCGUGCUGCAACGAGUCAUGCAACUGGGCCCUGUGGCAACAGAGAUAUAUUCAGAGGAAAUGCUAGAAUUAAUUCGUGGUCAGGGCAUUGAUAUUUAUUGGAGGGAAAACCUCAUCUGUCCCACCGAAGAGGAAUAUAACAAUAUGGUAGAACAAAAAACUGGGCAUAUGUUCUUAUUGGGCUUACGUUUGAUGCAGCUCUUCAGCGAAUGCAAAACCGAUUUCAGCAAGUUAGCUCUGCACCUCGGUCUCUACUUCCAGAUAAGAGAUGAUUAUUGCAAUCUGAGACAGCAGGAGGAGCUCCUGGCCCCGUACACCCACCUUCUACAAGUCAGCGGGAAGCAGAUGCGAGUCAAGAUCAUCCUUGCGCUAAACCACUGGCUGCAAGUGCCUGAAGACAAACUGCGCUUUAUCGUCGACACUGUAAACAUGCUGCAUAACGGAACUCUGCUAGUUGACGAUGUGCAGGACUCUGCAAAUAUACGACGUGGUAUACCAACGGCUCACCGCAUCUAUGGAGUACCCAUCACGCUCAACGCUACGAUGCAUAUAAUUUUGUUAUCACUAAAGGAAAUCAUGAAAUUAGGUCCCAAGGCAUCAGAAAUAUACGUCCAGGAUUUCUUAGAAGCACUCCGGGGCCAAGGUACCGAUCUAUACUGGCGGGAAAACUUCGUGUGCCCUACUGAAGAGGAGUACAAAACGAUGGUCGAACAGAAAACUGGACGUAUGCUAACGUUGUCUUCACGUGUGUUGCAACUUUUCAGCGAAUUUAAAACUGAUUUAACCGACUUUGUGUUGCACCUCGGUUAUUACUUCCAGAUGAGAGACGACUAUUGCAACUUAAAACAACAGGAGGCACUAGAAGAGUGGCCCGGUCCCGAAGACACGCAGGCUAUUAAGGACGCCACUUUCUGUGAUGACAUAACGGAGGGCAAGUUCAGUUUCCCGAUUAUACAUGCGAUGAAGACUCCAGAAGGCAGUCAGAUAUUAAAUAUUCUACGGCAACGAACUCAAGACGUCCAGCUUAAGAAGUACUGCGUGUCUCUACUGGAAAAAGUUGGCAGUUUGCAGUACACACGCGAUAUACUGGCUAAACUUGAUCGGGCCGCAAGAGCUGAGGUGGCACGUCUUGGUGGUAACCCACAAAUGGAGGCUGUACUUGAUGAGCUCAUGUCUUGGAAAGAUCGACAUAUUCAGGAAUUAUGUUAA